CUCGCCCAGAGCUGGGAGCGUCCGGCAACCAAGCCAUGACUGGCAGCCACACAGUCACAUAGCAGUUUUGCAUUUAGCAUUUGGAUCAUUCACACUUCCUGUUGGAUCAAUACGUUUGGUUUUUGUCCUGCUGGGGGAAGGCCUGACAGAGAGCAAAGCAACCUCUGUCGCUGCCUCCUGGAACGCCUGAAACAUGGCACACGUCCAGAGGGUGCAGAAGAAGACCAGCACCAUGUCUCUGACCAUCUCCUCCUCCUCCUCCUCCUCCUCUGCAUCUUCGUCUCGAGAGCUCUUCUCCAGCUCCUCCUCCUCUUCCUCCAACCUCCUCGCUCAGAGACACUCCAGCCUGGUGCAGCCGCUGUGUGUCAGUCCUCAGAGGACACAGAGUCCUAUUUACAAUCAGCAGUAUUCAGGGAAUGGAGUGGCCCCUACAUUUGUGAAGUGUCUCCAUGAUGUGUCCACAGUGAAGGGUCAGUUGGUGGUCCUGGAGUGCAGACUGAGGGGAACUCCGCCCCUGCAGGUCAUGUGGUACAGAGAGGAGGAAAAAAUACUCGACUCAGAUGACUUUAGGAUACUGCGCAAGAAGGCCAGUUCUGCAUCAGUGCCAGAGGAGCUGUGUACGCUGGUGAUCACUGAGGCAUUUCCAGAAGACUCAGGCCUGUUUAAAUGUGUGGCCCUCAACCCCUUUGGCACAGUCUCCUGCUCAGCCAUGCUGGAAGUUUACAAUGACCUGGAGGAGCAGCUGGAGGUCGAGGCCAUUCGUCAGCAAGAAACAGUUUCCUUCAAACAGGGAAACGAGGCUGUGUUCCAACACGAGACUUCCUCCUCCAGAAUGAGCAACGAGGACUUUCCCCCUGUGCUGUCUGACUCCAUGAACCUCCCCCCUCCUGAGUGGCCUAACAGCCCUCUAGAAGAUAACAUCCCUGUUGCAGAUUUUCCAGAACCUCAGCCGGCCAACCACUCCUCCGAAGGGCCCUUCAUUCGCAGUGAGGAGGACAGUGCCUUCAGCUCAGAGGGCCAAAGGUCACCAGAGGUUUCCGUCCGAGCCUGUACGCCCAGCCCCCCCCCUCCACCCUCACCUCCACCACCAGCACAAGUCAAGGAGAAAGCACCAACACCCAAGCUGUUCACCCCAAGCAAGCUCAGUUUCACUUCCUCCCAGUCCGGAGGCACCAACAUGAACCUCUCAGACCUGCCUACCUUCACGCCCAGUGCCUUCCCUCCCAGUGCCUUCAACUAUGAGCGACCGAGGCAUUUUAUCCAGUCGCAGCCGGCCUUCCAGGCUCCCAGCUAUGAGAGUGUGCUGAGGGAGGCUCAGGAGAACCAGAAUAACUCCCAACAGAACCUCAGCAGUGUUACAGAGACACAGAGUCAAGCUAAAGUCACGUCCACACAAAGUCAGUCGUUUUCUCAGACUCAGUCAGUGUCAAAGUCCUUGUCACAGACCCAGUCACAGCUUCAGUCUCUAAGCCUCAGUCAGAACCAAACCCAGUCUGCUGCCCAGACCCAGUCUCAGACCCAGGCCAACGGAACGGGCAAGUCCUCUCCCUCCUCUUCCAGUCUCAGUUCCCCCAUUUCCACCCCAGCUUCCUCUGCUGCGCCUCCUCUUUCCUCCACUGCCCUGUUGCUCAGUCCCUCUGCUGCCACCAACUCCUCACCUUUUCCAUCCUCCUCCUCAUCCUCUCUCCCCCGCACCACCAUGCGUUCCACCAUCACCCUCACCCCCAGUGUCCCCAGUGCCACCGGCCUUGGCAGUGCCACCCUGCCAGCCAACCAGGAUACCAUGUCAGCCCCCGCUGCUUACCUCUGCUCUGUGCUUCCCUCCCAGUCCUCCUUCUCCCCUUUCUCCUCAUCCAAACUGUCUCCCAACUCCAGCCUUCCCCACCCCUCCAUCUCCCCCUCCUGCUCCCCACUUUCCCCCUCCAGCCCCCUGCUCCCCGUGAGGGCCUCCUCCUCUCCUUCCUCCCCCCCUCAGCAGCCUUUCCCAGUGUCCCCUUCCCUCCCUCGCUCUCCUCUCUCUCCCUCCUCCUCCUCCUCCUAUCUCCAACAGCCCAACUCUCCCAACAGCCAGAACAAAGUGCCUCCUGCUGUGGUCUCCCUGCCUGCCAGCUACAAGGGGACGCCUAACAUCCUUCCCAAGCCCAUUCUGAAGAAGUCUGUAGCUCCUCGGCCUUCUUCUUCUCGUUCCACAGAUGGAGACAUCCAGGGCUCCAAAGACGCCCUCAUCCAGGAUCUGGAGAAGAAGCUGCGCUCAAAGGAGGCCAGGAGAAGAAACAACCAGAAACUGUCCUAUGAGGAGCGAAUGGCUCGUAGGCUGCUGGGUCCAGACAACGCCACCUACAUGUUUGACCAAGACAAUCUUUCAGACUCACAACUCGACCAGCCUGAUUCACCAGAAGGAAGACACACAGGUGGACUAUGGGGGAGGCACCACUCAGGGACAGAUGAGAGGGGAAAUGAGGGAUCAGCUAUCCAGGAGAAAUGUUACGCUCCUCGCUUCCUGCAGAUCCCCCCAGACCUCACUGUGGAGGAGGGACGCUUCUGUAGGAUUGACUUCAAGGUCGGAGGACUCCCCACACCAGACGUCUGCUGGUACCUGGACGGCAAAGCCAUUCGUCCAGACGACUACCAUAAGAUGCUGGUGUGUGAGAAAGGGAUGCACUCAUUCAUCAUAGAGAUUGUGACGGUGCAUCAUGCCGGUGUGUAUGAAUGUGUGGCCAGGAACCGAGCCGGGGAGAGCAGAUUUACCAUGAGACUCGAUGUCAUAGCCCAGGAGGUUCUCCGUCCUCCCACCUUUGUCCAGAAGAUGUUGAACUCCAGAGCUCUAGAAGGCGACACUGUUAGGUUAGAGUGUAAAGUGGACGCUUCCCCUCCUCCACAGCUUUUCUGGAAGAAAGAUAAAGACAUGCUGCGUAUUGACCCCAACAGAAUGAGUCUGUACCAGGACGGUUCAGGCCGGCAGUGCUUGUUGAUAGAGAGGGUGGUGAAGUCCGACGCUGGCUGGUACACUCUCUCUGCCAUCAAUGAAGCUGGCAUGUCCACAUGCAACGCCAGGCUGGAUGUAGGCACUCGUACAGCCCCGGCCAUGAAGACGGCGCCCCCGGCCUCCAAGACACUGAAGCUGCUGUCGUCUCUGAGCCACGUGCCUGCUCUCACUGCGGAGAGCCCCGCCCAGCACACCGCCCCACUGUACGAGAGUGAAGAGCUGUAAACCGCACCAUCACACAAACCCAUCAUCUCAGAACUGGGACACUGGUCCAGAGCCUGUAUUAACUGUGAUGUUUGUACAAUUUUAAACAUGCUUUGGUUCAGAGUAUUAAAUUAAUAGCAUCACAGCAGAUGAGUAAACACCUCAGAGUUCUCUGGAGGCCAAUCCAGAUCAGCUUAAAUAAGUUAAGUAUAACUAAACAAGCAACCCUUUGGUUAAUGUACAAGGCAGAUAAGCUUAGCCAUAUUUUCAAGACUAACGUAACAUCUGUGAACAUCUGUAAAAAGAUGUGAUACAAUAUCAGAGGAUUUUCCUCUCUUUUUUCUUAGUAACAGUUAAUCUUUGUCUUGCUAAAAAGCUCAAAACAAAUCUUUCAGGUGUAGUGAUUUUUCAAACUGGCCUUUUAAAGAUUGUUUUAAAUACUUGAAGGAAACCGCCCUCACCUUCAGGAACAUUUGGUCGCUCCUUUAACAGAAAAGUUUCCAGGGUUUAGGGUGGUCACAUGCCUUCUUAAGGCUGUCUCUGUCUCUUCAUCUGCCUUCCCUGUCUGCUCUCAGCAAAGUGCUCUAGGUCAUGGAUGUAUUAAUAGACCUGGGUACGAUGUGGUGGAGUCACCCCUGCUGCCAGUUUUAUCCAACCACAGCAGCUGACCACAAUACUGUAACACAGAAUCCCCUGUGGUCCAGAAACCAUUUUAACUAACAGACAACAACCGGGCUUCUACUUCUGCAUGGUGUCUGUGCAGUCUAAAGGACCUUUCAUCUGAAUAAUUGUGCAUAAUCUUGAAACACAGUGUCUUGCUUUCUUCAAGGGUCUAGGUUAGAAAACAGGAAACAACCUAGAUUAACUUAAAUACCCACAAUCCAACACUGCCAUCAUCUGUCUCUGCACUUUAAUCAUCCACGUCUCAUCUCCAGCACCUGCCCUCCUUUUCCUUUAGCCUCCAUGUUUUUAUGUUUGAGCUUCAGAAUUUAAAUGUUUGUCUCUGAAUUCCAGCUGCUGCCUCUGACGUGUGUGUGUGUCUUUGUGUGUGUCUCCAUUAACUGGAACAGAAAAUCAGAUUUUUAAUCUUUGACUCUUGUCUGAUGUUUCCCCCGCUGUUUAAAGAGAGAUCAGAGGUUGGUCACUGCUCAGAUUCUCUGCUGUGGUAUAAACUCAGCCUAUUAUGUGUUUUUAAAGUUGGUUUCUAAUUUACAGUGUAUGUGAAUGAAGCUAUUUAUUUGAACUGAAGUUAUUAGUUACCAGUGCUGGGACUUUAAGUUGCCCCUCUCUCGGCCUGUAAAAGGCUACAACCAGAGGUGUAUAAUAUCAACAAGUCAGACGAAGAGCUCCAGGCCGCCAUUCUGACACCAGCCUCCACAACUGAACACAAAAUCAGAUCUGCACUCAAAAGAAAAUUCAAACCUAAUUUAUUUUAAAAAGUUUACACUUUAUCACAUCUGCAGUGCAGAUAAGACGUUUUACACCAGUUUGCUUUUCUCCUUUGGUGCCAUGUUUGUUAAUGUUCAGCUAAAACAAAUGGAUGUCAGUGUGUCAGCCUGUGUCCACAUUUGCUGAACUCUCCAUUUUCCAACCGGAGCCUUGUAUAAAACGUAUCUUUCAAAAAGAGGCUUGAUUUGCCUGUUUACCUUGGACCUGCUUGUUGUUAUUGCCAGCCCAGGAGGUCAUUUCACAAAAAAAAAAAAAAAAAACUUGUAUUUUUUGCUGGAUCUGCAUGCAAA